AUGUCUAUUACAUAUAUCAUUACUUUUAAUUUAUUUUUAAAUCAAGAAUUAUAGAUUCAAUAAAAAAAGCAAUAAUUAUAGAAUUGUUUUUGGCUUUAAUGCAGCACUUAAUAAUAAACUAUGCAAGAAUAAAUCAAUUAAUUGAAGUAUACUAGUUAAUUCAGCUAUAUCAUUUCUUAAAGACCAUAAAAAAUCUUUAAAGCCUCAUUCCAUUUACAGUCGUCCUUAUAUAUCUUUCCAAAAACAGCCUAUUUCUCUAUUUAUAAAGAAUGUUUUUGCAAAACUAAAUCAUUUCUAUUUAUUUUUAAAAUAUAACAGCUCUUGCUAUUAA